GCUUCAGGACUGUGGAAACUGUGCAUAGCCUACCUGUAGGCCUAGACUAAUUUAAUUGUCAAAAAAAAAAAAAUGAGCUCUGAGGUUUUAGUGUCAAGACCUCACUAUGACAGCAGAGCAGUGGCUCAGGGAGUCCCGGCGAGAGACCCUCAUGUAGAGCCGGAUGUCCCGCAGCCGUCCUCGGGCUCAGCCACAGCGGGGUACAGGUCCGCUAAAUACCAUCCGGCUGAAUGGUUCUCAAACUACCGCACCGUGCUUCAGCAGGCCGGGACCCACCGCCACGAAGCCCAGAGCAUCCAGCGAGAGUCCAAAACUCUGCACCAGGACACCGAGGCUGCCACUUUGAAGACCCAGGCCGUGGGAACACGUCUUCUGGGAGAGAGACUACAAGAGACCCACUACUGGAAGUCUGAGCUGAAGCGGCACGUCGACAAGCUGCUGGCCGACACAGAGUCGCUGCUGGCGCUGAAAACCAGGCUGGAGAAGGCGCUGGACGCCACCGAGAUUCCGUUUGCCAUCGCCACCGACAAUCUCAACUGCAGGACCAGGAGACCUGGAGCAGACCUAGUCCGAGACACUGUGGAGGAGGAGCUGGUGAAGGAAGUGGACUUGAUCAGGAGCAUCCAGGCUCUUCUGAAGAGAACUACAGCUCAGGUUGUCACUCAGAUCAAGAUGAACAGAGAGGCCAAGCAGACGUUGGAGUUGGACUGGUCUGAUAAGUACCAGGCCUACAACUUUGAUGACCACAGUGGAAGAUACAGUAACAUGAGCCCAGAUACACAGCACCACCCAAGCUCAGCCUCCCUGCAGGACCAGGUGUGUAACUGCACAUUGUGGACAAAGUUUACACAGGACAACCUGUCCAAGGCCUUGCAGGAAGAACAGGCCACCAACAGUCUCAGAGUGCUGGUGGAGCGAGUGCUGCAGGACACCACUGACGAUCUGAGAGUCCAGUGCUCUAGUGUGGACAGAGCCUUCAGCCAGCGCUGUGCAGAGCUGAUAGAGGCCAAAACCCAGCUGGAGAUGAAGCACGCACAGGUCUUGGAGCAGAUUGGGGCCCAGGAGAGGAACAUUGUGGCUCUGCAGCAGGCCAUCCACAACAAAGAGGCUCCACUGAGAGUAGCUCAGUCCAGACUUUACCUCCGCUCCCUCAGACCCAACAUGGAGCUCUGCAGAGAUGAGCCCCAGUUCAGUUUGGAAGGGGAGGUGAGGCAGAUUGAUGCCACUCUGGCGUCUCUGCACCAGCAGCUGAGUGAGGCCAGAGGCUCCCUGUCCCACCUGGAAGAGUCACGCAUUACAAUCGAGAAGGACAUUAACUGUAAAACCCACUCACUGUUCAUCGAGAGAGACAAGUGCAUGACUCACCGUAAACGGUACCCAGCGGUCUCCACACUGUCAGGAUACUGAAGACGAUGACUCUGAGUGUUUGUGUGAAAUUUGCUUUGGUUUUGCUAUUUUUCAUGUUAAAAUCCUGGAUUGUUUUGUCUCUUUGCUGUGCUGUGCUGUAAGGAUCUGUGAGAUAUUGUGUCAGCAAGAAAGCUUUAAAACUAUGUAUUUUCCGUAUGUUUGUAUGACUAUGUGCUAAAAGCAUUUUCAUAUCCCCCUUAAUGUAAUGCAGAAAGAAAAAAAAAUUAGAAUAAUAAUAAUAAUAAUAAAUAAUACAUUUUGUGUUUGUGACC